AUGCUUCAGCUUGUGACGCUUGUGGCCCUGAGCCUGCUUGCAGUUGCUGCAGAAGCAGAUGAAGUGUGCGAGAGCACUUUGCUCCAGGCACACCGCGGUCGCCUUGAAGAAGCCUCACCGUCGCCAGGAAUCACCAUCAACAGCACAGAGGCCGAGGCUGUGACCAGCUGUCCAGAAGGGGCAGACUGUACAGCCGCUGGGAAUGGGGGCUGCUGGUUUGGCAGAUGGAGACAUGCUAGAGACUACCAAUGUGUCUAUGUGUACCGGCUACACUACAAUGCGGUAGAGGUCUUCUACUGUCACGAUUGCAAGGUGAUCAGGUGCGGCUUCAGUCCAAGAGCAAUGUGCUGGAACUUCCAUGCGCCUGAUCCAUGCGCAUCCACCCCUGUCACCACCACAUCGAUGACCAGCAGCGCAGCGACCACCACCAUAGUGACGACCGCCGCAGGGACAACCAUUACCACAACCACCAUCCCUACCACGACGACCAUCAGGACGUCCACAACCACCACCACCGCCUCGGCCAGCACCACCACCACGAACGCUGCCUCGCCCACCACCACCACUACCACAACGCCACCAGUCGUCAUGCUUUGGAAGACGUCGUGGGAAUAUAUACCAGGCCAUGACGUCGCGGGUUGCUUGGCGCUGCGGGGCUCGAAUGUGGUAGGGGCAAACUGUUGGGUCGACCCGGAUUGCUGCAGCGACAACGAGCUCUGGGAGUUCACAGAAGAAGGCCAGAUCGUCGAAUUCGCGACCCGACUUUGCCUGACAGCAGUUGAGGCUGAAUUGACUGCUUCUGAAGCCCACAUGAAAACCAUGGUCAAGACGUGUGAUGCGGGAGACCCUAUGCAGAGGUUCGUGACAAACAGCGAGAGCUUCAAGCUUCAACUCGAAGGGGACCGCAGCUUGUGCUUGGACUGGGAUGCUCGCGGUGGCGUUGAGGGGUCUGAGAAGUACCCUGUUUAUAUGCGUGAAUGCAACAACACGCAUACCCAAAGGUGGCUCAGUGUGCUCAAAGUUGCAAAGCUUCGGACCAGCUUCACAGAUGGCGAAGAGAGUUGCCUCUCUUUCGACAACAUCAACGUGGAGGGUGGUGCCUGCAGCCAGGCACCAGUAUGGAAUUGGCGGUUCUCGACAAACCAGUUGUGGACCAAGUUCUCGGAUGAUAUCCCUGAGCUCUGCCUCAUGCGAAUUGACUUCGUGCUCUCGAUACAAGAUGUGGUGCUCGCCCCAUGUGACAGCACAAAGCUAGAGCAGAAGUUUACGAUACUUGCAGAGAGGACCAUCCGUUUGCUUGAAGAUGAUCGCCGCCCCGGACUGUUACUUUGUUUGGAUUGGGACGUGGAGGCCCGCUACGACCCGAAGGACAACGUCUACAUGUACUAUUGCAAUGAUCAGCUCAACCAGCUAUGGCUGCCCAUUGCUCCCUGA